UUGGACGCGGAUUAACCGCCCGUCUGACAUCUCUAUAACCAGGCCAGCUCCAUAGACUGAGGUGGCUUAAGCCUAACCGGUCGCAACCGGGCCGAACCGUUCAUUUCUAAAUUAGGCGAAUAAUAUAACCGGAUCUGAUGUUCGGUUCGGUUCGGUUGAGCAUCAGAAUCAGAUUAAAACCCGCCUUUUUUGUUCAAGAGAACUCACUCACUCUGUGCACACAGAAGAUGAGAAAUCCAAAUCCAGUUUGAGAACAUCUCUCCAAAACGACAAUGGAAUGGCUAGAAACUCAUUUCUCAAACUCGCCUCUUUCUCAAACUCUUCACCCUUCGCAAAUCUUCUCGACUCAUGCAUCAAAUCCAAACUACCCCCAAACUACGUCCGUGCCGUCCACGCUUCCAUCACCAAAUCCCCUUUCUCCAACGAGGUCUUCAUACAGAACCGUCUCAUCGACGCCUACGCGAAACGCGGAUCACUCCGCGACGCACGCAAAGUGUUCGACGAAAUGCCUCAGCGAAACGUCUACACUUGGAACGCUCUCGUGACGGCUCUGGCCAAGCUAGGGCUCUUGGAAGAAGCCGAUUCUCUCUUCCGUUCGAUGCCCGAGCGUGAUCAGUGCACUUGGAACUCCAUGGUUUCCGGGUUCGCUCAGAGCGAUAGGUGCGAAGAGGCUUUGCGUUACCUCGCUGAGAUGCAUAAAGGAGGCUUCUUGCUGAAUGAGUAUGCUUGCGCUAGUGGUCUAAGUGCUUGCUCUAGCUUAGUUGAUGUGAGCAGAGGUGUGCAGAUACAUUCUUUGAUUGCCAAAUCUCCUGGUUUGUUGUCUGAUGUUCAUAUAGGUUCCGCUCUUGUUGACAUGUAUUCCAAAUGCGGAGAGGUUGAUGAUGCUCAGCAGGUUUUUGAUGAGAUGGGUGGUGGUCGUAGAAAUGUCGUCACUUGGAAUAGUUUGAUUACUUGUUAUGAACAGAACGGUCCUGUAGCGGAAGCUCUCAAUGUUUUCCGUUUGAUGUUGAGAUCUGGUUUUGAGCCGGAUGAGGUUACGUUAGCAAGUGUGGUUAGCGCAUGCGCGAGCUUGUCUGCGGUUAAAGUUGGUCGGGAAGUUCACGGACGUGUUGCUAAAGACGUUAAGUUAAGGAAUGAUAUAAUCCUAAGCAAUGCUUUUGUUGAUAUGUAUGCGAAGUGCGGCAGGGUAAAAGAGGCUAGGAUCGUAUUCGAUAGCAUGCCUAUCAGAAACGUAAUCGCUGAGACGUCCAUGGUCAGUGGUUACGCAAUGGCUGCGAGCACUAAGGCUGCUAGGCUCAUGUUCACCGAGAUGACAGAGAGGAAUGUUGUUUCGUGGAAUGCGCUUAUCGCUGGCUAUACGCAGAACGGGGAGAACGAAGAGGCUCUUAGUCUCUUUUGUCUGUUAAAGAGGGAGUCAGUAUCCCCAACGCACUAUACCUUUGCUAAUAUUCUCAAGGCGUGUGCGGAUCUUGCAGAGUUACAUCUCGGCAUGCAGGCUCAUGUGCAUGUGUUGAAGCACGGGUUUAAGUUUCAGUCCGGUGAAGAAACUGAUAUAUUCGUUGGCAAUUCCUUGAUAGAUAUGUAUGUAAAAUGUGGCUGUGUGGAAGAUGGUUAUCUCGUGUUUAGGAAGAUGGUGGAGAGAGAUUGCGUCUCCUGGAACGCGAUGAUUAUUGGAUUCGCGCAAAACGGUUAUGGAAACGAGGCUCUUGAGUUGUUCAGAGAGAUGCUUGCUUCUGGGGAAAAACCAGAUCACAUUACCAUGAUCGGUGUUCUUUCUGCGUGUGGACAUGCUGGAUUAGUUGACGAAGGGCGGCAUUACUUUUCAUCUAUGACCAGAGACUUUGGUGUGGCUCCUCUAAGGGAUCACUAUACUUGCAUGGUUGAUUUACUCGGCCGAGCUGGAUUUCUGGAAGAAGCGAAGAGUAUGAUUGAGGAGAUGAUGCCUAUGGAACCAGAUUCAGUUAUAUGGGGCUCUUUGCUUGGUGCUUGUAAAGUUCAUAGGAACUUCACGUUAGGUAAGUACGUUGCGGAGAAGCUUCUUGAAGUAGAGACGUCAAACUCAGGACCAUACGUUCUUCUUUCCAACAUGUACGCUGAGAAUGGACAAUGGGAGGAUGUGAUGAAUGUGCGUAAGUCGAUGAGGAAAGGAGGAGUCACAAAGCAGCCAGGUUUUAGUUGGAUAGAGAUACAAGGACGUUCUCAUGUUUUCAUGGUUAAAGAUAAAAGACAUCCUCGCAAAAAGCAGAUACACUCGCUUCUUGAUAUUCUAAUAGCAGAGAUGAGACAGGAACAAGGUAACGCCGAAACAGGAUCAAUCUCCUCUGAGGAAAUGGAUUAUUCAUCUGGUCUUCUUUAUGACAAUGCCUUGUAAGUCCCUUUUGUUUACUUUUUUUUUUGGUUGAAAAUUUAAGGAAAUAGAAAUGAUAGAGAAUCAAAUGGUUGCAUUAAU